GCUUCAGUGUGUGCGUGUGUGUUGCAGCCAAACAGCUCUGGGAUAGCAAAGCAGUUAAAGUGUGUCACGGAAAAAGAAGAUUCACGACUCCGUUUGUCUUUUGUUUUAAUUGAACUCAUGUCUGGUACCGUCGAGUUUGGCAGGUUAGCAGUUGUGUCGCUGAGAAAAGGAGAGUGAAAACUGUCUACCAUGAAAAUGAUCUUCUUACCACUGUAUGAUAGGCCAUGAUAGGCUUGUCAAAUUAUGCAGGGGUUAUGGAAGGUGUAAUGAAUUCUGCUGAAGAGCAGCAAGCCUCAUCUCCCUUGACCAACUCAUGGUCCAACAAACAGGAGUCAAGUGAGAAUCCAAAGUCAAAUGGAGUUGGUGGAUUUGUUUUAGUGCAUGCAGGAGCAGGAUACCAUUCUGAAUCUAAAGCCAAGGAGUACAAGCAUGUUUGCAAAAGAGCAUGCCAGCGAGCUGUGGCUCAGCUCAAAGCUGGGGCACUUGCAGUGGAAGCAGUGGCUGCAGCACUGGUUGAACUUGAGGAUUCUCCGUUUACAAAUGCAGGCAUGGGCUCCAACCUUAAUUUGUCAGGGGAAAUUGAAUGUGAUGCAAGUAUCAUGGAUGGGAAGUCACUGCAUUAUGGAGCUGUAGGUGCUAUUAGUGGUAUUAAAAACCCAGUCUUGGUUGCAAACCGUCUACUAAAUGAAGCACAGAAAGGAAAACUAUCGGCUGGCAGAAUUCCCCCCUGCUUUUUAGUGGGGCGAGGAGCACAUGAUUGGGCUGUCAGUCAUGGAAUACCAUCAUGCCCUUCAGAGAAAAUGGCCACCAAGUUCAGUUUAUCUGCGUACAAGAGGAACAAGAGAAAGAUGGAGCUUGCAGAGACAAUGGAAACAGGACAGACCAAGAAAAGGCGACAAUCAAGUGAAAAUGGAAAUAGUUCUGGGUGUCUCGACACAGUGGGAGCUGUUGUGGUAGACCUGGAAGGAAAUGUAGCUGCAGCGGUGUCCAGUGGAGGCCUGGCCAUGAAACACUCUGGCAGGGUUGGCCAGGCUGCUCAUUAUGGAUGUGGGUGCUGGGCUGAAAAUGCCUGUAAUAUGAACACUUACUCUACAGCAGUGAGUACCUCAGGUUGUGGAGAGCAUCUGAUUCGCACCAUGUUGGCACGGGAAUGCUCUGCUGCCAUGCAGUCUGAAGAUGCCCACCACGCACUGCUGGAGGCUAUGCAAAACAAGUUCAUCAGUUCCCCCUUUCUGGUUAGUGAAGAUCGUGUUUUGGGUGGCGUGAUUGUCUUGCGCUGCUGCCGAUGCAUGGAAACUCAGCCAUCUCAAAAUAUUCAGGGUAUCCUGGUGGAGUUCCUAUGGAGUCACACCACAGAGAGCAUGUGUGUUGGUUACAUGUCUGCCCAAGAUAGCAAAGCAAAGACACACAUAUCCAGACUACCACCGGGGACUGUUCCUGGACAAUCUUUGGCCAUCGAGGGAGGUGUGUGUCGACUGAUGACCGUAGUGGAGUGAUCCAUAUUCGCCCUUCCUUGUAGGCGUCUUCAGCAAUACCGUACACCGACACACAUACACCACCCACCCUCACUAUUUUUUCUUUAUGCCAGAAAUAAUGAGUUUUAGCUGAAAGUUGAAAGAACAAUGCUAGAUUUUUGGUGCCAAUAAAUAUUUUUAGGGAAAGAAAUGAAUCAACAAAUCAGAUGAUAUUCAUAUUCUGUAACGGUCAUGUAGUGAAAAUUAUGCAUUUUGUUCUGUGUUUAAAUAUUUUCUCUUCACCUGCCUAGAGAAUAUAAAUGUUAUUUUCUGUAUAUAAAUAUACCGUAAAGGUGGAUCUUACACGUCUUGCUGCACAGUGAUAAAAAUUUCACUAAGCAUUAUAUUCCGUAAAAAAUAUUUCCAUUCACUCAGAGAACACAUAUGCAGAUAUUUUAAGAUAAUAUCAGCUGAUAAAAAAACAGCAAACAAAUGUAUUGGCUGGGCUUUAGUUUUUACUGGUGUCCUGAAAAGGAGGGAGGGAUGUUAGCUUCUACAUAGUGCACUUACAGGACUUCCCUUUGCCACCAUCUGCCUCUAGGAUGUACUCUAUGCCAACUCACCCCUGUCUCUCCAGUGCCACUGGGAUUAGACUUGAUGCACCCUUUAUUUCAUUUCUUACUUUUUUUCCAACUUAAAUCAAUGGGUUUCCUUUUGUAUAUAAGCUAUGGUUUAGGAAAACAGGGUGGAUGUUGAAUUUAUUUUGUAUUGCUAAACUAAAGAUGUGACUAUUUUCAAACUUUUAAGAGUUUUAACUGCUAGGCCUUAUUUUGUUCUUGAAGUAACUUUUCAUGGAUUAAAUAGAUGUCAGAUUGCACCUUGUGGGAAUGCCUGCUACGCAGAAGUAGUUCUCAUGAAUGAAGCUUUUUAUAGCGAGAGAUUGAGCAGCGACGAUUACAGCCUUUUUAUAUCGUUAACGUGUACAGGCCAGCUUCCAUUUAUUUAUCCUCCAGCGUACUCCAUAAUGUAGCAUAAUAUACAUCAUACCUGUAGUGAAUGAUACAUUUUAUAACCAUCUCAGCCACUGAAUGCUUUGCUUCGAUUUGUGUAAAAUGGGUUAGGAUUGCAUGUACAAUAUACAGCUCCUAUUCUCCAACAGAAGUGAUGACGAAGCAGGAAACUAUUAUACAUAUAUCUAUGUAUAGAUGUGUGUAUUCAGUAUAUACAGCAUGUGUGUGCGUGUGUGAACUCACUCUACUAUAGACAUAUAGAGCUCAGGUAGCAGCAUUUGACCCUACCAACCGCCAGACAUGACUGUUAGCCAUCAGUUUAUUAUAACAAUUUAUAUUUGUAUCCUCACACUGACAGAGACAUGUAUUUUCUUGCCAAUAAAAUGCUAAGAGCUAAUGUAUGCAUCAAGCCCAUAGAAUUUCACUUGAAAUGAGAAAUGGCCUAAGUGGAUAUUUCUGUUUGGAUGAUCAGAUUCUAUGAUUGUGCUUUUUCACUCACUCACUUCUAAAAGAUUCCAGUCCUCAACAAAUAUUCUUUACUUGAAAAUGCAGCCAAUAAAAAAUGGUAUAAGCUAUUGAAGGUGACAUGUGCACAGCUGUGCUCAAGAAGUAAAUAAAAUCUAUGUUGCUACAUUC